UGCAGCCGCUUCCGUUCGUUUCCGCUUCCGCCAGCGCCGCGGCAGCCUCGUUGUUCCUGGAGUAGCGGUGUCUUCGUCCACCUUUCUGCACUAUGUCUGGUGGCCUUCUGAAGGCGCUGCGCAGCGACUCCUACGUGGAGCUGAGCCAGUACCGGGACCAGCACUUCCGGGGUGACAAUGAAGAGCAGGAAAAAUUAUUGAAGAAGAGCUGCACAUUGUAUGUUGGAAAUCUUUCCUUUUACACAACUGAAGAACAAAUCUAUGAACUCUUCAGCAAAAGUGGUGACAUAAAGAAGAUCAUUAUGGGCCUGGAUAAGAUGAAGAAAACAGCAUGUGGGUUCUGCUUUGUGGAAUACUAUUCAAGAGCAGAUGCAGAAAAUGCCAUGAGGUACAUAAACGGAACUCGUCUGGAUGACCGGAUCAUUCGCACAGACUGGGACGCAGGCUUUAAGGAGGGAAGGCAGUAUGGCCGUGGGCGAUCUGGGGGCCAGGUACGAGAUGAGUAUCGGCAGGACUAUGAUGCUGGGAGAGGAGGCUAUGGAAAACUGGCCCAAAACCAAUGAAAAAAUUUCACUUAUGUCUCCUAACUUCCACUAGAGCUUGAAAGUUGGGGCUGAAGUAUCUCAAUGUGAACAUCUUUCACAUUACACUAAGCAAAGGACAAAACGUGGAGCCCCGCAUGCUGCUGAGAUCACUAGAGCUUAACCUUGAAGACGAAUCCUACCACCCGAAGAGCAAAAUCUAAAGGGUUUAAUCACCUGGUUAAAUGUGUACCACAUUUGGUAACUUAAGGAGUUAUCGUUUUAAAAAUCACAAUCACAGUUUAAUUGUUGAUAUCACGGUCACUGUAUUAUUUGGUAAAUGUGUGUAAAUUUCACAUCUCAUAGGAAGGGACAAAUGUAAGGCAUUUUUAAUAUCAUAUAAUUUGGUGGAGUUAUUAUACUUCUGAUACUGAAUAACCCUAUAAGGUGAACUUAACUGGGUAGCAGCUGGGGAGGCACAUUUUAAGAGGGGAAAUAAAGGGUGACCUCUUGGCCAGAAUACAGGAUAGUCUUCAGGUGGCUUCCAAGAGGAUCCACUGAAGAAACAUACCCAAAAAGGUCCUAGGAAAUAAAGGGGCGCCUCGGUUGUUAAGCAUCUGCCUUCGGCUCAGGUCAUGAUCCCAGGGUCCUGGGAUCGAGCUCCCCAUUGGGCUCUCUGCUCUGCAGGAAGCCUGCUUCUCCCUCUCCCAUUCCCCCUGCUUGUGUUCCCUCUCUCACUGUUGUCUCUCUCUGUCAAACAAAUAAAUUAAAAAAAGAAAAGAAAAGAAAGGCUCUGCCUAGGUCUUCUAGGAGAACCCUUCAUGGAGAUAAACACAUCUCAUUGGGACCAGAAGUAAAAUAGCAGUCAAAUAGCACUAUCAUAAACCAAGCACUAAUACAUCUCAUUUCAUCCUUAUAACUACCCUGGUGUUAGAUAGCAUCUCUAUUUUGCAAAUGGAGAUAGGAAGCUUAGGGAGGUUAAGGAACUUUCCCAAGGACCCUUAACUAGGUAUAUGGCAGAGACAAGAUUCUGAUUGUGGUCAUGUGGUUAUUAUAUGACCACAGAAAGUGAACCAUUAACUAUUACACUAUGCUACAUCCAAAGCAGGAAAUACCUAGUAUCUUUUCUCUACAAAAGCAGCUUGUUCUCCACUUCAUCUUUCCCUUUUAAUACCCACUGGCCAAGAAUUACCCAGAAAACUUCUUAAAAUGAGAAUUAAAUCCAUUAUUCUUUACCCAGUUGCAUUCACCAAACUAAUAAGCCAAAAAGGAAAAAUGCAUCUGGAAUACACAAUUUCUCUUACUCCCAAAGUGCUAAAACUUCAAUGUGACCAAGAAACAAAGGAUAAAAUGUUGGGAAAAAACACAACAAAAACUACAAUUCAAAUUAGACCUCAUCCUGCAAGUACAAAAGGUAGUAAUAUGGCUCUUUUCCUCACUGGUGGCGUGAAGC